GCCGGUGUUGGCCUGGCAGGCGGGGAGACAGUCCUCACCGACGAGGCCACAAGGAGCGGGGAUGGAGGAGACGGGACUGGCGAGGAGGAGCAGGAGGACAGAGAGACGGGAGUCUGCUUAACUCGGAGACUGUUCGAAAUUGUUCGCUUCAGCCAAAGGCCGUGCACGGCCAGCCAGGCAUGGCAUUUAAAAGUCGGUUGGCGUGCGGCCAUACGAAUUCUCAACAGCAUGUAAAAACCUGCAGUGGCCUCGCGCAGCUGCGAGAAGGCGCCGCUUUGGUAUUGGGCUCGGUGCCGCCUGGCCAGACUGUGAGAAUUUAGGACGGAGAACUCUAGGCGAAGAGGAAGGCGGGGAGGAUGGAGGAGAACGGAGGAGGAGGAGGAGGAGGCGACGGCGGCGGCGGCCGCCGCAAAGCCUCGAAAUGGUCAGGGGAGCUUCGAGCUCAUCAGCGCGAUUGGCAUGGACAGCUGCCACGCCCGGCUAUUGUUGGCGGGGAGCUCCGAGCUCAUCAGCUCGAUUGUUCUAUGGAGAGCUGCCGCGCCCCGCUGCCGAGGCCGUGCCUCGAGCAUCUGGGCUGGCGGUGUGGCUCGUCGUCGUCGUCGUCGUCGCGCCCGCCCUCGCCCAACCUCAGACCUCGCACCACCGAAACUCCCCAUCUCUACUCAGCUCCGUGGCUCCUAAAAGAGACAGGCGCGUGCACGGAAAAAGCAGCACGCCACAAGACUUUGGCGGGCCCGGCUCGCGGCGCCGUGCGCGCGGGGGGCCGCACCCCGCGCGCAGCACGCGCGGGCAGACGCCGCGAAGGGGAGCGCGCACGCCCUCCGGGCUGCGCGCCCUGCCUGCAGGACGAGCACGACGAGGACGAGCAGGACGAGGACGAGGACCAGGGGCGAGCACGAAGAGGGCGAGGACGAGGAGGACGUGGGAGCAGGAGGGCGCGGUGCCACGCGCACCCCAGCCUCACGUGGCACCACACAGGAAACUCGCGGUCGCCGCGCAUCGGGGCCCGACCAAAGAAAAAUGCGUCCUUCAAAUGCGCUCCGCGCAGGUCGCUCGUCAGGCAGUCCGUCCGCCCAUCGGCGGCCGUGCAAACAAAAAAAAGGCGCGGAGGCGCCGCAGUGCGCCGUGCGCACGUUCGUCGAAUGCCAAAAAAAGCACGAAAACUGACGCUUCUGGCCACAAGUGGGGGCGCCCAUCACAGCGCGGCUGGAUUUUAGGGGCCCCCAUUUCACCCUCCACCUCCUCCCCCGUCCUCCUCUGCAUGGCAGCGGACCCAUGCCGAGCCUUCCGCGGAAGUAUCUACACAUCAAGGAGCAAAGUGCGAGGCCGCUGGGACGGCAGCAGCGAUGUCCCCUUACGCUUGGGACGGCCGCGCGCCGGGCGAGGGCGCGAGGCGCGCCGUGCCGUGCCCCCGGCGGGGCCCGCGGGAUCGGCAGCACUCCGCGCGAGAGGCGGCGGGUGCACACCGAGGCGCGGCGAGCGGCGCCUCGCACCGCAAACGGAGAGUUCACUCAUCGACGUGUCGGGGUGGGGGUUCUGUCCCCCCCCCCCCCCCG